ACAUGAUUUCACUCAGCCGUAUGCUCCAUGGAUCGCUAUAACCUUCUUGAAUCUCAACAGCCUAACACCUCCCAUCCCAUGUACUAAAGCACCAUUUAGUUUUACACACCAAGACCUGCCACUCAAAUAGAAUCAAUCUGUCUGCCUUGUGAUACAUGUAUACAUCCAGUCCAUUCAUCCAGCGCCUCACCAGCACGAUGUUUUAUUUCAUAAAUUUCUUCUUUUCAACCAAAAUGUCUUUUCUAUCUCCACCAAAACAUCGGAAUCCCAAGGUGCUGAAUAGCAACUCUGCUGCGGAAGGCGGCAAGGGAAGAGCACUGCUGGAAUUCCCGAACCCACGUGCAAAAUCCAAAACCCCAGGUGGUAUUCCGGAUGCUACUGGAAAGCUGGCGUCAGCUGCAUGGUUGAGUAAUGGGAGGAAGCCGACCAAGUUGUUAAUGAAUGUGAACCUGCAGAGUAGUUUGGGGCCAGUGCAGGUGGUGAUGCCGCAGGAAGACAGCGUUGGGGAUUUGAUAAAGGCGGUUGUGGAUAUAUAUACGAGAGAGAAGAGGCGGCCCUUGUUGACAAGUAGUGAUCAUCGGAUUUAUGAGCUUCAUUACUCGCAGUUUUGUCUGGAAGCUUAUGUGCUUGGCGGAUCUAGAGUUUGAUUAUAUCAACCCCUAUGAUUCAGCUUCUAGGAUAAACAAAGUGAUUUUACCGGAGUUCAUUACACAAGGUGUUCUAUCCUUGCUCUUCCUUUUGACGGGGCAUUGGAUCAUGGCACUGCUCAGUAUUCCAUAUUUGUACUACAAUUUCACAUUGUAUAAUCGACGAGAACACCUCAUAGAUGUAACUGAGAUUUUUAAUAUGCUCAAUCGAGAAAAGAAAAAACGGCUUUUCAAACUUGGCUACCUCAUGCUUUUCCUGUUCAUGUCCCUAUUCUGGUUGAUAUACAGUGCAUUGGAAGAUGAUGACCACUUCGCCUAAGACUUUCAGUGAUUGGAAGAUUCUGGGCACUUGAGUAUGAUUUUUUCUUGUAAACACUAAUCAGAAAGAUCAGGGUUCAGAAGUAGGUCCCUGAGCUUUGGGUCAGAUUGUGAUAGUGAAUCCUAGAUUCAUUGUAACAUUGCAAGAUUUUUAGUUUCGCAUAUGUUUUGACUGCACAAGUCUUCAUCACUUGCCCCUUGAUUUCUUGCAAUAUUAUCCGCCUCUAAUGCCGCUCUGGAACCAUGUACUGUUGCUGAUGGUUUUGCCUGGUACUUUGAACAGAUUUUUGCAUGAUCAGCUUGGGUUGUUGCUGUUGUUUUCUUAA